AUGAACGUGUUGAUCGAACAGGUCUUGAUGAAAUUGCGAGAACCAUUACACGAUAUGGAAUCGAUCUCGCAAUGGAAGAUGCAGAUGUUCACAUUUAUCGAUAGAAUUGCUGAACUUAAAGUAUCUUCUACCAACUCAGGUAGCAGUGAGAAUAUCUCUCUCGAUCCAGUCGAUUGGUCCGCAGCGCGUCACAUAGCUCAUGAGAUGCUCGAUGCAUCAUUGAACUUUAUUCAAACCAUACGAGAUCGACCUGUUUGGCGACCGGUACCAGAAGAUGUACGUACUAUUUUAGAAGAUGCACCUGUUCCUGAACGAAGUCGAUCAUUAGCGGAUGUUUGUAAUGACAUACUAACAUACGUGUUACCCUAUCCACGNAAUUAA